AUGACAGUGAGACGUGCGUUUACAGUGGAUCUGCAGCCAUUUUCAAAAUAUCCUGGUGAAGAAGAAGAAUUACUUUAUCCUGGUGUUGGUUUUACGGUUGAACGACUGGAGUUAGAUGCACAGAAAAAGAAGCAUAUGAUUUACUUGACAUUAUUUCAACAAUUCACCAGGUUAAAGAGUAGUGUACCCAGAGAAGUAGAAUUUAUAUGUGAUAUGAAAGUUGACGGAUAUCUUACCGUCUACGUGUCUCUUGAAUGA